AGCCGAUCCGUCGCCACACACGCAUACACUUAGUUAAAUACAUGCACUGAUGUCAUCCGCCUCCGUUUCGUAUGAAGCGCCGCUUCUCACGUACUCGCUGCUGCUGCCUUCUUUAAGCGCAGAUGCCAGCGCACCAGUCAACCAAUCGGAGCAGGCUGGCGCAGGUCGACUGUACUUUUUAGCCGCUGAAGCACAGGAGCCGUACGACGCACCACAGCUGGCUCUACCUCGCGUCGUUGGUGCUAUCCGGAAUGUCAUCGCACGGACCGAGGGACGAGAAUGCGCGCUGCACCGCAUGCGUCUUGUGCCAUCGGCCUCCAGGGAGGUAGCGGAAGGUCAAACCGUCUUGUACGCAGAGCGAGCGCAUCUGGCGUCCGCCACCGAGCCUUCCGCGGAGCGCAAUGAAGGCGGGGCGAUUCUGACGUCGUGUCAGCAGGUGUACGAAGCACCAAUGCUGCCCCAUCAGUGCUUCAAGGCGGCCACCACGGCACCGUUAUGCAUUUUCCAGGACCUGUGCGGACGCAACGUGGCCGACGGCGCCUUCUGGCUGUUUUUGCGCGAGAUGCUGCAACACGGCACGCAGGAGCGCACACGCGACGCCGCGGUAACCAGCGUGCGAGGUCGCGUGCUCUCCGCCUACGAGGGCGUUGAUAGCGAGGCAUUUUGCGUGGAUGUUUUUGCCGCCGCUGACGCUGAUAAACCGUCCGGCGAAAGGCCCGGCAGGAUCAGGACGGUGGACAGCAGCGCCGCCGUUGACGACGUCAUCUUGCGUCUCCAGAACACGUUACGGCAGGUCGAGGAGUGCCACGGCAGUUCACUUCUCGUAGUGGAGGUGACGUGGGGGAUGCGUCGGCCACUUCUACCUCAGUCGCCUCCACGUUCGGCACCAUCCUCUCUUCAGAAAACGGAUCAAAAGACGUGCAUCGUGUGGCUGCGCAAUGCACCGGAUGGCGAUAGCAAAGACGGCGUGUACGCGGAGGCGGCGCUGGAGAUGCUGCUGGAUGAACUCACCCUAGCUGCGGCCGGCACACGGUCUCCGCAGGAAGCAACAGCUGUGCUAGAGGAGCCUGGCGUGAAGUGGUUCUUCGACUCGUGUUGCCUCACGCGGGAACUGGGUGGUCUUCUACGUACUCAUUUUCUAGAGUUGUGCAAGGGGGAGCAGCCGCUGUUUCAUUGGUUGGUGUGUGCCCCACCGUCGUUUACGAGCCAUCUUGGCAGCUCCGUCACCCGACACACAUUUGCCGCUUCCGCAGACGGCGCGGUCGCGGACUUCUGGUGCGUAAUGGAGGAGCUCGAGCACUGGCGGGAGGUCGUGGCGGCGGCAGCAGCGUCGUCGAGCAACGCCGCGCCCCUCGUGCCCACCUACGAGCCGGCCACGCGGAAAUCGUCCGAUCGGACGCGUGCGUUGUUGAGCUUCAGCGCCUCUCUUCGCGAAAACGCUCGUGUGGCGCGUGAACGGCGUACCAUUCGCCAGAGCGGGCAUCAGGUCCUGUCUGCCUCGCUCAACGGGUCGGUUCUGUGGCGUCAGCGGUGCAAGUUGAACGUACCGAAGCUGUACGGGUUUGGGGAGAGCGUGCGGCUGCGGGGGAGCCCCGGUGCGCCGUCGCUGGAGUCGUCCCUCAUGUGCUCUGGGGUGUACCGCCAUACCACCCGCAGCCCCAGCAAUUUCAUUAGCGGCACCUCGCUGCUGGACGCGGAGGAGGCGAUGGGGCACACCGCACGCCUCGCCGCACGCCCUGUAAAGCGGAUCCCCCAGUCCACAUCCAAAACGCCUAGCGGGGACUAG